AUGUAUAGUAGUAAUGGCAUGUUUACUGUUCACAAUUGCAGUUUUACUUUCAAUUCUGUGGUUGUGAAGACAGCUAGCAUGUUUUCAAAUUCAGAAUUUCCAAGUGGGGGUUUAGCUGUGUUUCUCUCAGGAUUUGCACACAAUAACACAAUAAAUAUUGAAAACUCUGUCUUUACCAACAAUAGUGGACUCUAUGGUGGCGGUCUAUACAUCUUUUGCAGGGAGAGCUCCACUAAUAAUGGAAUUAGGGUAAAUAAUGUGACAAUCUUUAAUAACAAUGCACUGCUGGGUGGAGGUGGCUUGGAGGUUGGUUUUGUUUUCAGAAAGCCAGCAGUAAACAAAUUGAAUAAUGUCAUUGUGCAAUCUUGCAAUAUUAGCAGUAAUAGAGCAUACUUUGGUGGUGGAUUUGUAUUUUUUGUCACUGCUGCUCAUCAGAAUGAUCCUAGCAAUACUUUAGAUAAUAACUACAUUACAUUCAAUACAUCUGGGAAUUCAUCAUCUGGUGCUGGUAUUUCAAGUGUAGGAGCUGGUGCAUUGAACUCCAAAGCAAUAUCUUUCACAUUAUCUGGACUCAUUACAUUCAGUGAAAACAAUGGCACUGCUGUUUAUCUCAUUGAUAGUAACUUUAUAGCAUUACAAGGUACCUCAGUCAUUUUUUCUAAUAAUUCAGGCACAUACGGUGGUGCAGUGUCCAUCAAUGGGUUCGCUUCAAUAUAUGCAAGCAGUAAUACAUCAUUUGUGUUCCUCAAUAAUAAGACAUCUGUCAAAGGAGGGGCAAUAUUCUUUUUUUCUACUGCCAUUAUAUCAUCAAUUUUAAUUGUAGCAUCAUGUUUUGUGGAGCAUACAGAUUCAAGUGAAACGAUAUCUUUUUACUUUAAAAACAACACUGACUCAUUUGGUAAAUCAGUCUAUGUGUCUUCACUCCUCCCAUGCAAUAAGUUAUGUCAGGGUUUAAAGGUGUACUUAGAUUAUAUGCCACCAGAGAAACUACUCACCCAAAAGUGUGUUGGUAACUUUACUUUUUCUGAUCACAAUGGAACAGUACAAGGGAAUGUAGCCACAGAGAGCAGUGAAUUUGAUCAACUGCAUAAAGAUAGCAAGGCAGUAAAAAAGUUGUACCUGGUAAAAAUGUUUUGA